CUUAAUGAUAUACUCGUAUUUUUAUAGUAGUUUAUUGCCUCGAAGUAAAACUCAAAGUAUAAUUUGGAAUGCACCCCAUCAAUAAACACCAGUCAGUGGUUGUGGGUGACAUGUUUGGAUAACGCAAUGGAGGCUCAUCUGCACCUUCUUCCUUCUCACCCCCACUACACUAAAUCUGCCCUCUUCUCUCCCGGGGCUUCCCUGAAUAACGCAAAGCCAAACAGGGCGCUAAAUUCAUCUGCGAAUUCCAAGCCUACUAAGCUGACAGUGAGGGCAGUGAAGGAGAAAACAGAAGAAAUCAACAAGUCCCAGACGUCUGCGGAAGAAAUUGCCAAGAAAUUUGGUCUUGAAGCUGGUCUCUGGAAGAUAUUCAGUUCAAAGGGGGAUGAAGAAAAGCAAGGGAAGUCAAAAGGAGAAGAAGCCAAGGAGCUAUUGGCCAAAUAUGGAGGAGCAUACCUGGCCACAUCCAUCACUCUCUCCUUGAUUUCCUUUGGUCUCUGUUAUGCACUUAUCACUGCUGGAGUUGAUGUCCAAACUUUGCUACACAAGGUUGGGAUUUCGACUAACGAGACAGGGGAGAAGGUGGGGACGUUCGCCCUAGCUUAUGCGGCCCACAAGGCCGCAUCCCCCAUACGUUUUCCGCCUACGGUUGCUCUUACCCCCAUUGUUGCUGGCUGGAUAGGAAGAGGAAAGAAAGCUGAUAAAUAGCAUAAGUGUUCUUUCCCCAUUAUACCCCCCUUCUUUCAUAUUGUAACAUAUAUAUGUUUGUCACAUAACUAACCUAUAUCAAUUAUCAAUCUCCUUUGUUGCUACAUACAUAUUUGCAAUUCAUCUUUGUCUAUCAUCCCCCAAUGAAACCCCAGAAACCCA